AUGUGCGUCUUUGUCAUCUGCUCACGCUGCUGGGUUCCAGUUUUAAACCUAGGCUGUGUAUGGCUUCCGAAUACUGCUGCCUCCACCGCCACCCUGCGCCAUGUGCCUCUGUCGUCUGCUCACGCUGCUGACGGCUUCCUUCCGCUUUUUAAACUAGUCCUGUGUAUGUCUUCCGAAUACUGCUGCCUCCACCGCCACCCUGCGCCAUGUGCCACUUUCGGGUCUCCUCACACUGCUGCCAGGUCCAGAGUGUGUCAUGGGUCCCUGUACGGCCUCCCAUUGCUGCUGACUUCAUCGCCAGACUCUGCCAUGUGCCACUUUCAGGUCUCCUUACACUGUUGGUGGGUUCCAUUUUGUGAUAGGGUGCUG